GUAUAUAUACCCUGAGCCCGCCAGAAGCAGCCGUCAGAAGUCCUCUGCUCAUCUUCACACCAACAACAUGAAGCUCGUGGUGCUCCUCCUCCUGGUCGCCCUGGCCGCCGCCGCUCCUCGCCCUGAUGAGGACGCAGAGACCUUGGUGGACGAACGCCAGGACAAUGGUGACGGCACCUUCAACUACCGAUUUGAAACCAGCAAUGGACUGAAGGAGGAGCGAGUCGGCACUGUGGGGGCUGAGGGCCAGAGCAACAUGCAGGGUUCUUACAGCUUCACUCUCCCUGACGGCACCGUCGCUGUAAUCACUUACGUCGCCGACGAGAACGGCUUCAGGCCUGAGUCUCCACUGCUGCCCCAGGAUCACCCCCUCCCUGCCCACGCAGUCGCACAGAUCGCCUUCGCUGAGGAGCAGCGUGCUAAGGGCGUCGUGUUCGAGAAAUAAGACGGAUUUUGACCUACUCCUCGACGAUUUUGCUAAUGGCUUUCAUGUAUAUACUUAAUUAUCGACCUCGAACUUAUUAGUCUAUACGGACACAAUCCAUCGGUAUCAUGUGAUAAUAAUAAAUGAAUUCCU